AUGCAGGUUAUAUCCGAGGAGCUGAUAAAGAACCUCGGCCUGACGCUGGUCGGGGUGUUCGUGGUGGUCCUCGUGAUGGUGGGGGACCUGCGCGUCUCCCUCUGGGUCUUCACCUGCAUCCUCUUCACCCUGGUCGGGAUAGCUGGGGGCCUCAGGUUCGUUGGGUUCACCGUGGAGAUCAUGACCUCCAUCCUCAUGAUCCUGUCGGUCGGGCUGGCCGUGGACUAUUCCGUCCACAUUGCACACAAGUUCAUGGUAAUUUGGCUCUCGGUGAUAUACGGGCUUUACCACGGUUUGUUCUACCUGCCUGUGAUGUUGAGCUGGUUUGGCCCUGAUCCAUUCGUUGACGUGAUGCCUUCAAUGAGCGCUAGUCCUUCCACGGAUCUCCUUGACAUGGAGCUUGAAGGCGUUGAGGGAAGCAAACUUCCCGUUGUCACAGCACCGCAUUACUCAACCUUUAUGUGGAAAGUCCACUGGAACAAGAAUAGGGGAGAGUAUCCAAUGACGAACGGAACAGGGCAUCCACAGCGGGAGGGUGCUGGAGGGCACGAGUCCUCUCCCAUGGUCGGUAGGAGGGAGGGCUGCGAGGUGUCGUCGUACCGCAAGCGACGAGCCAGUCUUGCUUGUAUGUGAUUGCUUCGGACUGCUGCGAUGCUUGGGUUUCAGUUGUCGUCUGGUGGUUUCCUCGUGGUCUUGGUGCAUCCAAACGUGAAUCGGGAUCGGAGCUAAUUUUUUCACAUUUCUGUUUGUGGAUGUACUGUGAUCGUGAAUGGCGAUGCCAUCUCAAGAUCCGCUUCAUUCCAUCGCGUCGAGGCAGCAGUUGCUACACUUCAGCCAGGACCUGCAGACACUUCCGAUGGAAACAGCGGACCUGGCCCUCAAUGUGGAAGUGACACCAGCCUUGCAGCCAGUGUGCAAAGUCAAUUGUUUCAAUAUGCCUGCUGUCGUCUUUCCAAGCGAUAGACCAGAUAUCCAUUCUAUCAAGACAUUUGCAUAAGGAGGGCACUCCAGAAAAAUGCUGAAGCAAAGCACUCAAACAAGAAAUUACUCAAACAUGA